CGGCAAUACCAAAGGUGCAGCGACGGACUACAAACAGUAUCGAAUCGGCCCACUCCUAACCGUUCAAUCCCUCUGAGGGGAAUUCAUCCGCACGUCCUAUGAAUAUCUACCUAACCCCACGUUCCUUGCCUGCUCACUGGAGAUAAUCUUGCGAGUCUUCUGUACCCUCUUUUGAUCGUAUCAGCCAUGCCAAUGUUGUAAAGAGAGAACAGAAUCCUGCGCUUCAUAUGAUUUCCUUAUAGGCCGAGAUUUCUACCGGUCCACAUGUCGCGCGGUCCGGGGCCUCGGCGUCCUGGAGCCAACGGGCCCGGCGAAUACUCGAACGGGUAUGGAGGGUAUGGCGGUUAUGAAGGAGGGCGUGAUGAGUCUGAUGGGCAACGACCCAGCGGCGAGAGUCGACGCGAUCGUCGUCCCGGCGGAUAUGGUGGCUUUGUAUCCCCGCCUGAGGAGGACCGGCAGCCUGGUGUGCUCGGGGGCUACAGUGGAUACGAGGAGAAUGGCAGAAGAGUAGGACGACCGCCGAGUCUGGAACGGUCACACGCACGGCGUAGAAGUGAUGAGAUGCGGUAUCACGGCGAUUCUAGCAGAAGCAGAAAUCGCCAAGACGCUGGUCGUUAUGGAGCUGGAAGUCAGCAGAUGGAAGAAAUUCUGAAGUAUAUACAUGAGAACUUCGACUUCAUGACGAACGAGAAAUGCGUGCCAAUCGAGAUUGCUCUUAAACUGAUGGAUUCAAGCUCAUUAGGACUUGCCGACCAAUUUGAUCGCUUCCAGAGUACUCAUCAGGACCUGCAGCGCGCAUUGAAAGCAAUUGUCAAUGAACACCACCAAGGGUUCAACAGCUCGAUUGGCACAUUUCACAAGAUUCAAAACAGCCUCCAAGUGUCACAAUAUCGCGUCAGGGCCCUUAAAGACUCGCUAGCCCUUGCCAAAUCCCAACUUUCCACUACCAAGCCGGAGCUCAAGGAAUUCGCAACAACUUCGCAAGGUUACGACGAAAUGAUACAAAUGCUGAACAUGAUCGAGCAACUUCAACUCGUACCGGAUAAACUCGAGGCACGCAUUUCAGAGAAACAAUUCCUCAAAGCUGUCGACAUUCUGCAAGAUGCCCUGCGCAUGAUCCGAAGGUCCGAUAUGCAGGGAAUCGGCGCGUUGAGCGAGUUGCGCAUUUACCUGAGUAACCAAGAGCAUUCGUUAACUGAUAUCUUAAUUGAGGAGUUGCACAACCAUCUGUAUCUAAAGUCACCGUACUGCGAGGACCGUUGGAAGAUGUAUGCUCACAAUCAAUCCAAAGGCGAGCUUUCAGAACGCGUCCAUGCAGAAGGGCGCGGGCGGCCGCUAUAUGAUUUCCUGGAAAGACUAGACCCGUCGGAGCCGAUGAGCGACGACUCCCCUCGGAACCCUGAAGCAGACACAUUCUCCUAUCUCCAACUUCUGAUAGAGUCUCUCAACAAGAUGGAUCGCCUCGACAUAGCGGUAGACACGAUCGAGCAACGCCUUCCCAUGGAACUGUUCAAGGUCGUCGAGAAGUCAAACAACGAGGUCGCGCAACGACAUCCGAGUGUACUCAGAGCCUAUGCAAGUCGUAAGAAUGCCAUGGCCUCUACAACUGCGGACAACGAUGAGCUACGUACCUCGCUCCUCAAAGAUCUCCUGUGGACUCUCUAUGCGCGGUUUGAGGCGAUUGCUGAAGGCCACCGGGUCGUCCAUGAUGUGAUCAGCGGAGUCGUGCGUCGUGAGGGGAUUGGGGAGACGACAAGUGCGACCCUGACGCGAGGAUUCAAAGAAUUGUGGAAGCUCUAUCAAAGCGAAAUGCGGUCUCUGCUCCACGAUUACCUCGCGACUGACGGCGAUUUGUCAUACCGAGGAGGACAAGGCAAGGCUGCCAAUGGAAGUCCGUUCUCACGCGCUCCCAGGGACCGGAACAAGCGGAUGUUCAAACUCGCAGACAUGGAUCUCAAAUCCACAGAAUUGACUACGGAAAGAGAGGAUCUUGAGUUCAUCCUUAAGUCGUCCGUGCCUGGCCUGGUAUCCGACUCCAAGAGGCCAGAAGAGAUGAAUGAAAACAACAACUCGAGCUUGGACGGCAGCGCAACAGGACACAAGCUGUUGGUUGAACCCAGUGUCUUUAACAUGGGCACGCUGUUACCUCCUUCGUUGGAGUUCUUGAACAGACUGAAAGAGGUGGUUCCACCUGGAACGGACAUCGUCAUGAGCACUUUGACAUCGUUUCUGGACGACUUCCUGGUCAAUGUAUUCCAGCCGCAGCUCGACGAGACACUGGCCGAGAUGGCUGCACAGACGUUCAUUGAUCUGGAUGCUUUCCAGCAGGAGCCGCAAUGGGCACAAUAUUCCAAGAAGCCGAUCUUCAAGGGUACGGCGAAGUUUUUCCAGAUUGUUACGGCAUUUUGCAAGAUGCUGGACAACCUGCCUCAUGACCAGGCCUUCAGCCACCUCAUCAUUGCCCAAAUGAACACCUAUGCCGACAAAUGCAAUGGCUGGUACAAGGCCCUCGUUAGCCGUAGUCACCCAACAGAAAGUGGCCGGCGCAUAAGAGCUGCCGCCGCAUAUGCGGAAUCUGGCGAGCUCGCCCAGGUGAUAAGCUCAUUGAUGACGGCUGAGUCUGCUACAGCACAGGACCUCGCUGAUGAGGAGGUUUCGCUAUUGCUUGCAGAGACGGAAAAGGACCCGCUGGAUCAGGUCGAUAUGAUUGAGGAGAAGAAGAAUAUCGUGGGGCUGUGCUUGUUGUAUACGAGCAUGAAAUGGUUAGCGACGAAACUGGCACAGCUCCGCCAUAUCAGCGAUCGUGCGACCGACUCCUCACAUCCUGAAUCCGGCAGCUCCCAUGUGCGGCAUAGUCGUCGGUGGACGCUGCUCUCAUCCACGGAGCCGCUCAGAGAGGGGUUGCCCGUCUAUCUGCCCCUGAACAAGGAGACAGCACAAGCCUUCGACGCUGUCCUAACAGCCUACAACACCCUCUCCACCACAUCCCUCAAAACGCUCCACCUAGCCCUCCGCACGCAAAUCAUCCACUCCCUCUCGACCUCGCUCCCCCAAAACAAACCCUACACGCUCGACACGCCGCUCAAUGACCCGGACCCGGCCAUCCUCGCCCUCAACACCACCCUCAUCGCCUUCGACACCCUCACCUCCUCGCACGUCCCCGCCUCCGUGCUCCCCUUCCUCACCUCCCACCUCGCGCCCCUGAUGGAUGCCUGCCUCCUCCACCUCGCCUCCUCGCGCCUCGCCUCGCUCAACGAAAACGGCGCCAAACACAUGCAACUCAACAUCCUCGUCCUGCAGCAGAACCUCAAGACAAUUUCCCCCGAGCCGGACGCGGGAUUACCUGCCGCGGCGCUGUGGUUCGAUCUCUUCCUCGCGGGGCCCGAGGAGGUGGUCAAGCGGGCGAAGAAGGAGGGGAAAGGGUUUGGAGUGAGGGGUACGGCGCAGAGAGAGGCGUUUGGGUAUGAGGGCGUCAAGAGGUUGGUCGAGAUGGGGUAUAGGGAGAUGUUGGGGGAUGAGCGGCGCGAGGUGGGUGUCGGGGCGAAGAGGAGGAUGGACAGUGAUUUGUUGGAGAUUAGUGAGGCUUUGUAUUAGCCUUUCUUAACUUUGCUUUCCGGUCGUGUCGAGUGGGUUACGGCAUGUGGGAGAGACGAUUCAGGUGGUAAAGUCAGGGGCUUGUGUCCAAUCAUGCAAUUAAUCCAACUGCGUAUAUCUUUUCGACAUCACCUCACCCCUUUGUUCACUUACAAACCCACUUAUGUACUUACUUAUCUACAACUUACUC